CUUCAUUACUUGCUCAUUGACUUAACAUCCCAACGCUGCUCUAAUGGACAUGUCUUCAUCAUCUUCGAGCUUCACCUGCUGGAUAAUGCCAGGCCUUCUGGUCUUAGCUAUGGCAAGUUUUGCUCCUCAGGCUGAGGCUAGGGCUUUCUUUGUUUUUGGUGACUCUCUCGUUGAUAAUGGCAAUAAUAACUAUCUUGCAACCACUGCCCGUGCCGAUGCUCCUCCUUAUGGCAUUGACUAUCCGACUCAUCGAGCCACCGGCCGUUUCUCUAAUGGCCUUAACAUCCCUGACCUUAUCAGUGAGGCAAUUGGCUCGGAGCCCACGUUGCCAUACUUAAGCCCAGCACUUACAGGAGAAAGAUUGCUUGUGGGUGCCAAUUUUGCUUCUGCUGGAAUUGGGAUUCUGAAUGACACUGGAAUUCAAUUUCUAAACAUCAUUAGAAUUUACAAGCAAUUGGAAUACUUCCAACAGUACCAGCAAAGGGUUAGUGCCCUUAUUGGAGCUGAGCAAACAGAGAGAUUAGUGAACGAAGGACUUGUACUUAUGACACUUGGAGGAAAUGACUUUGUAAACAACUACUACUUGGUCCCCUACUCUGCUAGAUCUCGCCAAUUCACCCUCCCAGAUUAUGUGGUCUAUCUCAUCUCCGAGUACCGAAAAAUUCUAAUUAGGGUAUACGAGCUGGGCGCACGUAGAGUUUUGGUGACCGGCACCGGACCUUUAGGCUGUGUUCCGGCGGAAAUAGCAAUGAGGGGAAGAAACGGAGAAUGCUCCGAGGAAUUGCAGAGAGCAGCUGGCUUGUUUAACCCACAGCUUGUGCAAUUGAUAAAUGAACUGAAUGCUGAAAUUGGAUCCGACAUUUUUGUAGCUGCAAAUGCAUAUGAAAUGAACAUGGAUUUUGUUAACAACCCUCAAACCUAUGGAUUUGUAACAUCCAAGGUUGCAUGCUGUGGGCAAGGACCUUAUAAUGGGAUUGGAUUAUGCACAGUAGUAUCAAACCUGUGCCCUAAUAGAGACAUCUAUGCAUUUUGGGAUCCAUUUCAUCCAUCUGAAAGGGCUAAUAGAAUCAUUGUUCAACAAAUUGUGACUGGCUCCACCAAGUAUAUGCACCCAAUGAAUCUCAGCACCAUCAUGCUUUUGGAUUCUAGGACCUAAUUUAUUUAUUAGCAAUUAAUUUUUUUUCUAUAUAAUUAUGUCAUGAACAAUCUUAAUUUUCUUUAUUAGGUUGGUACUUUUUCUUCUAAGUGUCAUUAAAUUAUUUUGGGUGAUUAUCUGUAUGAAAUUUAUAUAUUGGCUGAUUGGAAAUUUCAAUA